ACGUACCCUCAAUGCACUGAAGAGUUGACCUCACCAAAAACCGGUCGUCUGCAAUGUGACUCUCUGAAUAGGUACCAACAACAAUAUAAUUGGCAUUGACCGUUGAGAAGGGGACGACACUUGACUUACCAGUAGAUAAGAACCUGCUUCUCAGCCAAUCAAAAUCAAUCAACAUCAAGGGCAGUUGCUAGAGCACCGGCUACUUGCUGUACAAGAACGUUGCUUAAUUGGUUUACUCUGAGACUCCUGUGGCCCGUUGCCAGAGUAUGAAAGCAGACGAUUCUAGAAAGCAAUGCAGUGGAUCCUCAGGCAAGGCCCCUGACGAGGCAGACAUCAAAUAUACCGAUCCUUUACACAGACCAAUCCAAACUCAAGAUGACAAAUUUGAAUUUCAACUCAAGAGGGCGGCAUCACGUUACGUCACAGUUGAAAUCCCCGUUGCCCUCACAUGCCUGACAUAUCAGUUGAUAUCAACGAUGAAGGCUGAAUAUCUCCACGAUAGAAUCUCAGUGAAAUACAACCACUCGCUAGUAAAAAACAACUCUGCCUCAUCAACAUGUGGAACGAACUCAACCUCAAACCAAAGUCACAUUGAUGACGCCAUUCAAGCAGAAACAGCAACAUGGCUCCUCUAUCUGGGCCUUGCAUAUGCCGUACCGGGUGUCUUCAUGGCUAUUUUCGUCGGAUCUCUGAGCGAUCGGUUCGGUCGCAAACCGGCUUUCUGUCUGAACAUCACCGGUUACUGCUUGUUAUCCGUGGUUUACUUGGGUAUCGUCUACUUUCAAGCUCCGAUGGAGUAUUUGCUCAUAGGAGAUUUUAUUUCGGGCGCUACCGGGGGACAGGCCCUUCUUCUGUCGACGGGUGUGGCUUAUAUAGCGGAUGUGACGUCAGUAAAAUCCAGAACUACUCGAGUCGUCACAUUGGAAACGAUAUUUUUUGUUGGUAUGGGUGUCGGUCAGAUAUCCCUCGGGGUCGCUUUGCAAUACAGUCCGGAUCAGUCUUUUCAUAAGUACAUAGCGCCAGUCUGCCUCGCUCUCGGAUGUUCGGUGAUGUCUCUGGCCUAUGUCGCUCUACCCAAGAUACUGAUCGAGACAGUAGAUAGGAAGAAAGCAAGGAACGAUGUUGGUGUGAAGGAGUUCAUUUCCGGUGUUGUUGAUAUACUGAGGAUCAACACCAAUGAUCGUCGGCUGAAAGUAAUAAUGUACACGAUUGUAAUGAUCUGCAUUAUAAUCACUGCCAGAGUUCAGACACAAUUAGUAGUGGUCUAUGCUCUUGGUGUGCCGUUCUGCCUCAGUCCUUUGAUGGUAUCAGUCAUGAACAUCGUAGGAAUAGCUAUCCAAAGUAUAGGUAUGAUAUUUUGCGCUGCCCUUUUAAGUCGUAUUCUGAGUGAAAACUCGAUUCUUCAGCUUAGUUUUAUAAAUACCACCGUCCUGUUUCUCAUCAUUGCUCUUGCCCAGAGAGGUUAUCAACUAUUCAUUGGUUCUGGUGUUGGUCUCUUUAAUGCAAUAUGUUUCCCGGUGAUACGAUCUCAACUUUCCAAGCUUGCGAGAGAGGAUGAAAAAGGUUUAAUGUUGGCGUUUGUGGGCUGUAUGGACAGCAUUGGAACAUUAUUGACCCCCAUCAUAGCAAAUAACAUCUACUCCGCAACCGUCUCAUUUUACCCUCCCUUAGUGUUUUUCUUCACGUCUGCGUUCCAGAUUAUCCCUGCAACCUGCGUUGGUGUUCUUCAAUGUAGGCAGACGGAAGAAUCCAAGUAUAACGUGGUUAAUCACGUGGACAACGAGGAACAAGACAAAGCUUCGUGACGUCACAUUAGUGAUCAACUUUGAUGUAAUGUUGUUGCGUUCCGAUGGCGUGUCUGCUUUUUAACGACUAUGAAAAGGUCGCCUUUGAAUUUUGUAUUCCACAUGCUAUCUAGGCUGCCAUACGAUUGGUUAAAAGUUUAAUCACGUGAUUAAUCUUUUACCUCAGUCACCAGAGAGCGAUGGUGAUUUGUCAAGGGUUUGGUUUUGUUUAGUGACUCUUUUUUCUUUAUUUUGAAAGAUAUAACUACUAGUUUAUCUUUUCCCUAUGGUAACAAAGUUCUAUUAAUUUUAACUGAGCGAAACUUAAUCAUUUUAGGCUCCCGGAACAAUAAGUUUUAUGAUGAAUUACUGGGUCAAUUUUUACUCGUCAAAAAGGCAACAUUGUUUGUCUUCCUCGUAUCCUUCCAACGUAUUUACCUUUUGAAGAGGGAGCAAACUAUGUGGUCUCUCAUUCACCGUUUGUCAUAAAUAUAAUUCAAAUGGGCCUAAGUUAAAAGACUACACUGCUCAGGAUGUUGCAUUAUGGGUUAGCUACCGGGCCAGUUUUGGGUAUAGUUAAGGACUUGGGGUGGCUAUUAAUACUAGUUUGUAGCUGCUUUAAACUAAGGAAAAACACCGUGGUAACAGAUGAAGAAUUACCUCGAUCGAGUACUUAAAAAUAUUGAAUUUUGUGUAAUAUGUGCGCCCUUAAACAGUUAUGAUGUGAAGUAUAGGCCUAUUAUAUUUUUAAUGUUUUUUUUACCGAUAACAUCAAAAACUGUUUUGAUCGGGUGCCCAUAGUCAAUAUAAUUUAUCUGCGUAUAAAAAGGCUUUCAACUGUUCAAACCAUAGAAUCGGCUGAACAUUUAAGGAUACAAUCUCAAAGCUUUGUAAACCAAUAACUUGGUUUGUAAAGUAUAUAGGCGCUUAACCCUAUGAUGCCUCAACGCUUUGAUAUUUCUGCACCGCAAAUUCGUGUGACUUUUUUCAUUGAAAUCUCGCGCAACUUUUGAGAACACAUUUGCGACGUAUAGGUAUAGCAUCGCGACGCCAUGUGACCUUUUUACGAGACAUAUGUCAUGCCGAAAAUUGCCAUUUUUUGUACUUUGUGCACAAAGUCUACGGAAGAUGAAAUUUGUAAUAAAAGGGUGAUUAUUUUUCAUUCAGUAGUGUGUAAAAUUAAUCUAGGGUUUAAUUUAGUUGUUAUAAACAUGGGCUGUAAUAAUUUCCGUUGAAAAGAACAAUGAAAAACAAAAGAUGAAACAAACAAGGAAAUACAUUUUUUUAAACAAGAAAUACACAGGGAAUAAAAUUUGGCUUUCGCAGUUUUCUUUGAGUAAACCAUAAAUGACAAAGAUGACAUCUUGGGAAAAAUGAAAAAUUUGAAGUGAAAUUUGAUGUUAAAUAUGCAAAUAAAGUUUUUCACGAAUAAAUUUUAAUAUUUUAUUCAAUAUAAAUCAACAAAAUAAUUAUUUUCGGAAUUUAUUUUAAUACUGGCUUGUAGUUUAUGUGGUGAAGAAUAUGCGUGCCAAAUUUCGCCGCGAUCGCGUGAACGGCGACCGAUAUCAGAAUCGGGGGCAUCGCGAUCGUGACCAUCCCCCCCCCCCCCCAGUCGUCAAUACAUCUCAAAUAGCUCUUUCCUUUCAGGGUUAAAGGGCAAAUUUUCGAUAAACAUUAAAACAUUACAGAUCAAGAGGUCGCUGGGUGUUACAUAUAUGAAUUCUAACGGCUGUAAGUGCCAAAUUUGAACUCUCUUGUGGCUGAAAAAUUAGCCAAUGACCACUACACGUUGCCUAUAUCAUUGGCAAAUGUUUAACAUGUUUAAUGAUACCGGAAUAUAAUAUUCACAUUUACUGACCCUUCACUCUAUAAAAAAAAGGGUUUACCCAAUAUUAGGUAAAAUGGGAACAUACAUGUUGGUUGGGUAAAAAGAUACCAUAUUUUGUAAAUUAUUUUGUACAAGUGAUGCUUUGAAAUACCCAGCAAACAUAUAUGUUUCUUUUCUACCCAAUAUUGGGUAAAAUUUUACUGUAUGUUUUUCAGAGUGUUUACUAAAGCAUGAAUGAGACUGGGUUUUAACAACUGUAGCGAUGUUUUCCCUCAAACAUUUUGUAUAAUUGAACUAAAAAUACAGAUCAUAAGCAGAUAAGUGUAAUACAAAAGUGCAGUUAAGCUUUUAUAGAGUUUUAAUUCUAACUCCAUACGACUAAUAUUUUAUCUAAUUUUUAAACGCUUAUUUUAUAGUAUUUUAAACGAUUAUUCUAUACAAUUUGUAUGACUCUGGUGCAAAAGUAUUAGUUGGACCUAAACAAUAAGUAGCUGUUUGUAAUGUACGUGUAUAAAAUUUUGUAUCCAACUGAGGAACUGUUGCUGCGCUAGCGCCAUUUACGUCUCUGGACGGUGUGUGCGCUCAAUAAGAUAUCAUUAUUAUUAUCUAUUUUAUAAAGUGUGGUAUUGUCUUUAUUCAAAGAUGUCUCUGGAGUCAAUGAUAACCAUGACGAUAAUGCUUAUAAUAAUAUUAGUCAUAAUAAUAACAUUAAAUGAAUAACAAUAAUCAUGUGCAAUAAAUAUGUUUGUAUAUAUAGGAUACAUUAAAUGUUUAUCACUGUCAUAUAGAUAACAAAUGAAGUGAAGGUGUUUUUUAAUUGCCUGUGUAAAUUAAAAGUUGUAAAAACGGUGCUCAUAAUCAUGAUAAUGAUGUGAUGAUCUUC